AUGCGCAUCAUAUGGAACCUCAUCCCCGUGAUUCUCUUCCUCAUCGGCAGUAUUACCAGUAAUAGAAGCGCCGGGGACGGCCCUCCUGUUGCUGGCAACUUCACCUCGGCCUGCCCACUCGGUGAGCAGGGCGACAAAUGCCGCCUUCAGGCCAACAAGCCCCCGAUUGGGGUCGGCGGCCGGUUAUUCAAACCUCGCCCGAUGACGGAAAAAGGUUCUUUUUGUUACAAACCCAAAGGUCAAGCGUUGGAGGUCCAGGCGACGACAGCUUGCUGCGGAUCUGUCAGCAGCGGUAUGCACCAUGAUUGGCUUUGCGUUGGCUUGAAGACGAAUGUCGUAGGAUGCAGCCAGUUCCACCGCUGCUGCCGUCUUGAAUACGGUUCCGCCAACAAAGAUGACGAUGCGUGUAUUUAG